CCCUCGGCAGCCGGGUCCCUCGACCCGGGCUCAACUCUUGGUUCGGUUCAGUGUCGACUGUGACGCAGUUGACGGAUCAAUGUACGGAGGCGGAUGUUUGCGUCGGUUCGAGCUGACACGGCGAAGAGCGGCGGCUGUGGUCGGCUGCUAGCGGCCGCUACCGUUUACCGAACAGUUAGACGCUAACGGAUUGGUCAACUUUUACUUGGCAGCAUGCAGCUGACCUAUGAGAGACUGAGGCGGAGCUCCAGACUCAGGAAGCUGACGGCUGUGCUGCUUGCCGCCUACGCCGUCAAAAAACUGUCACCGUACAUCUGGAGGAGGAUACACAGAAUUGCAGCUGGUAAACAGCUGUGCGGAGCUAACCUCCCUGUGGAUGAGGUCAGUUCCUCCACCAACUCUGAUAAGAACAACAGAGAGAAGAAGAAGAAAAAGAGUGACAGCAGGUCUCCGUCAGUGAACAGGGAGUUUGUCCUCAGACUGUCUCGUCUGUUGAAGCUCUUGUUUCCAAAGUUAUUGUGUCCAGAGGUCGGUCUGUUGGUUUUGCACUCUGUCACUCUGAUGUCAAGGACCUUCCUGUCCAUCUACGUAGCUGCUCUGGACGGUGUGAUAGUGAGGUGUAUCGUGCAGAAGGAUCCUCAUGCCUUUAUGCUGCAGCUCUCCAAGUGGCUCCUCGUUGCUGUUCCAGCAACAUUCAUCAACAGCACAAUCAGAUUCCUGGAGGGUCAGCUGACUCUUCGCUUCAGGAGCCGAUUGGUCAACCACACCUAUGAGCUGUACUUCACCAACCAGACGUAUUACCGUGUCAGUAACAUGGAUGGCCGUCUGUCCAAUCCCGACCAGUCUCUUACUGAGGACAUCGUCAUGUUUUCAGCCUCCGUCUCUCACCUCUACUCCAACCUGACCAAACCCAUCCUGGACGUGGUCGUCACCUGCUACACCCUGCUGCGCACCGCCCACUCUAAAGGAGCAAACACCACGUGGCCGUCUGUCAUCGCUGGCUUGGUGGUGGCAUUCACUGCCAACGUCCUGCGCGCCUGCUCGCCUCGAUUUGGGAAACUGGUUGCUGAGGAGGCGAAGAGGAAAGGAGACCUGAGAUACAUGCACUCACGCAUCAUCACCAACUCUGAGGAGAUUGCGUUCUAUGGAGGACACAAGGUGGAGAUGGCCCAGCUGCAGAGAAGCUACACUUCUCUAUCGUGUCAGAUCCAUCAGAUCCUGCUGAAGCGACUCUGGUACGUCAUGUUGGAACAGUUCCUCAUGAAGUAUGUGUGGAGCGCCUCCGGCCUGGUGAUGGUUGCCGUGCCGAUCAUCACCGCCACUGGAUACUCAAAAUAUGACUCCGAGGAGGUGAAGCAAGCGGCCAUGGUGAUGAAGGAGGAGGAGUUAGUGAGUGAGAGGACGCAGGCGUUCACCACAGCGAGGAACCUCCUGAACGCCGCUGCAGAUGCCGUGGAGAGGAUCAUGAGCUCAUACAAAGAGGUGACGGAGCUGGCAGGUUACACAGCUCGGGUCUCUGAGAUGUUGGAUGUGUUUGAAGAUGUGAAUCAGGGAAUCUACCGUCGCUCUGUGGAACAAGAGGAGGCGUUAACAGAUGGAGGAGGAGAAGCUUUGGUCCAGCACGGUCACAGAGUCACCGGUCGACUGCAAAUCAGAGGUCAGGUAAUCAGUGUGGAGAAGGGGAUUCGCUGUGAGAACUUGCCAAUCAUCACACCUACCGGAGACGUGGUGGUGUCCAGCCUCAACAUCCAGGUGGACGAGGGGAUGAACGUGUUGAUCACAGGUCCUAACGGCUGUGGGAAGAGUUCUCUGUUCAGGAUCCUCAGUGGACUGUGGCCUGUUUAUGGAGGAGUCCUGUUCCGCCCAGAACCUCAGCACAUGUUCUACAUCCCACAGAGGCCCUACAUGUCGGAGGGGACCCUCAGGGACCAGGUGAUUUAUCCAGACUCGUUGGAGGAGAUGGUCCAGAGGGGGGUCACUGAUUCACAUCUGGAGAAAAUCCUCCGUACCGUACACCUGGUCUACAUCCUGGACCGAGAGGGAGGCUGGGAGUCGGUCAGUGACUGGAAGGACGUCCUGUCUGGAGGAGAGAAACAGAGGAUGGGGAUGGCUCGUAUGUUCUACCACUGCCCUCGAUAUGCUCUUUUGGACGAGUGUACAAGCGCCGUCAGCAUUGAUGUGGAGGGAAACAUCUUCCAGGCUGCCAAGGAUGCUGGUAUAGCUCUUCUGUCAAUCACACACAGACCAUCCCUGUGGAAGUACCACUCUCACCUGCUGCAGUUUGAUGGAGAAGGAGGGUGGAGGUUUGAGCCUCUGGAUGCCUCCACUCGUCUCUCUUUGCAGGAGGAAAAGCAUCGUCUGGAGAACCAGCUCUCUGGGAUUCCUAAGAUGCAGCAGAGACUGGCGGAGCUGUGUGUCUUGCUUGGGGAGAAAGAGGGGGAGAAAGAGGGGGAGAGAGGAGGGGAGGAGUUCGAGGAGUGAACAGAUGAAGAGGAGUUAAACUGUUUUUUACUUGUUACCAUGGAAACACAGCAACUGUUCAUGUAACUGAAACUAGUGUUAACCUGGUCUGGUCUGGUCUGAUCUGGACUGGACUGGACUGUGUACUGUAUUUUAUGUCAAUACACCAGGCUCAGUCAAAUGACCUCAAAGUUCUGGACUGGACAGGCCUGGACAGGCCUGGUCUGGACUGGUAUGUGUACUGUAUUUUAUGUUAAAACACCAGGAUCGAUCAUGUGACUGAGCCUGGUGUUAAACUGGUCUGGUCUGGUCUGGUCUGGAUUGGACUGGACUGGACUGGACUGGACUGGACAGGACUAGACUAGAUUAGACUGGACAGGCGUGGUCUGGUCGGGGCUGGACUGUCUACUGUAUUUUAUGUUAAAACACCAGCCUCAGUCACGUGACUCAGAUACUGUAAGGUCAUUGUUCAGGUUGAGGUCAUGUGAUUUUUAAAUGUUUAAUCUCUUAGUUUUUGCAUUAUCAGGUAUUGAUCUGAUAGAAUCUAUAUUAUAUUAUAUUAUUCUAUAUUAUAUUAUGAUAAUCAAUCAGCUGAUCAAUCAAUCAAUAAAGUUUUUGACUGAUGAUGAUGAUGAAGAGGAUGAUGAAGAAAUUGAUUAGUAUAAAAUAAAAAUAAUAACAUGUACAUGUGUUAUGCUUUUCAAUAUAAAGUUACUUUAAUCAUGAGGGAAAGUAACAAAGUGCAUAUACUCCACUACUGCAAAUACCUGCAAUGUUGUGAGUAUUUUCCCAGUUAUCCCAGUUACUUUGCAACUGUACUGUUACUACGUGUAAUACUUUGACUGUGGUACUGCAACUACAUGAAGUACUAAAAUCCA